AUGAUUUUACAGAUAUUCUAGGAGAAUCGUGUUCUUAACUUAACAUUAUUAUUUUUAGCAACCCUUGAAUGUUUACCAAGUGACCCCAAGACAUUGCUGUUCGCUUAUUCAAACGAUUUGGAGCCCCAUGUAGUUGAACUAACAUUUGAUGUCGUGAAGGUUUACAUAGAGGAUGAUAACUACAACACGUUCGCAAGUGUUCGAUUUGAUACCCGCCAAGAGGAAGAAAUCAAUUACUAUUAUAGCCUCAAAGAGUUAAAUACAUCGAUUCUUGCCCACCUUCCCGAUCCUUCCCUUGGAUUCGAAAGCAGUUCAAUUGGAAGUGACUCGUUGAAAAUUGUUGAGAAAUUUUACAAUAGCACUCAAUUUUCCACUUGCGGAUCCAUUGUGUUAAUAUUAUCAAAGCGGAACCCAAAUGAGAAUGAUAUUUCCAAACUAGUAGCUAAAGUUCGAUCCCACCAUGGAAUGGUUUUUGUAAUUUUUUCAAAUACUCCAUCAGGCGGAUCCCAACCACUUACACUAUAUGACCUCUCAUCAAAAACCAAUGGACUAGCCGAUUUCCGGAAUGAUGAUGAAUUUGACGAGUCUGUCAUACCAUUUGCUGGACUGAACUAUCCCAUAGUUAAUUACGCGGUGAAUCCAUUAGUAUCCGGCAAUGGCUCCACUGUACUGCCUCCACUAUACCAAGCUCAUCCCAGCCAAGCCAAGCUCACAGUUACUGUACAGAAUCAUGGUCCCAUUGAUACAUUCCAGUCGUUUGAGCUAUUUUGGUAUAACGCUUCAUCGUCUACCAAUGGUGGUCAUGGUCUAGUUAAUCUGGUACAAAACCCCUGAUUGCCUACCAGCUGACCCGAAGUUAAUUUUAUUCGCUUAUUCAAAUGAUUUGAAGGCCAGUGUUGUUUCGGAAUCGGCCAGUUCCUUGUUUGCCAACUUCUAUGUAACAAAAUUUGGAAACAAAUUUUAUGACAAUUCACCAUUCUCUCUUUGCGGUUCUGUUGUUGUGAUUCUCUCGAAACGAAACCCAAAUGAGAAUAAUAUUUCCAAUCUAGUAGCCAAAAUUCGAUCGCAUCAUGGAAUGGUUCAUGUAAUUUCAUCAAAUACUCCAUCAGGUGGAUCCCAACCACUCACCCUCUAUGACCUCUCAUUUAAAACAAAUGGACUAGCCGAUUUUCGAAAUGAUGAUCAAUUCAACGAUUCUCAAAUUCGUUUUUUUGGGCUAUUUUGGCCUGUAGCCAUUUAUUCGGUGAAUCCUGUAGUGUCCGGAAAAGGCUCCAUUGUACUGCCUUCACUGUUCCACACUAAACCCAACGGGACAUUCUUUGCCGGGGUCGACUUUGCAGUAACUGUACAGAACCAUGGUCCCAUUGAUACAUUCCAAUCAUUUUACCUUUCUUGGUACAAUGCUUCAUCAUCUACCAAUGGUGGUUUUUAUGGAUAUCCAGGAUCCCCAUCCAAUGAGAAAAAUAGCACAAUUCGAGCAGGCUAUGGAAACCUCGAUGCUGCUAUCUACAACAUGAAACUUGAGUACUCAUAUUCUGACAAUACGCCAAUCAAACUCCAAAUUAGACAAUACGCUGCGAUCGAUAUUGACUACUGGCCACCAUAUGCUGACUAA